AUGCAUCGUACCUACUCUAUGCGCCAGUCGCGCGCUCCCACGGCCUCGCAGCUCCAGAACCCGCCUCCGCCUUCCUCUUCCACCAAGUCCGGCCGCUUCUUUGGCAAGUCCAACAUUGGCCACUCAUGGCGCAAACAGACCGCCGGCGCCUUCGGGCCCGACCUCGCCAAGAAGCUCUCGCAGCUCGUCAAGAUGGAGAAGAACGUCAUGCGCAGCAUGGAACUCGUCGGCAGGGAGCGUAUGGAAGUUGCUCAACAACUCUCCAUCUGGGGAGAGGCAUGUGAUGAUGAUGUUUCUGAUGUCACCGACAAGCUUGGUGUCCUCAUCUACGAGAUUGGCGAGCUCGAGGAUCAGUUUGUUGACCGCUACGACCAAUACCGUGUCACCAUCAAGUCCAUCCGCAACAUUGAGGCUUCCGUGCAGCCUAGCCGUGACAGGAAGCAAAAGAUCACCGACCAAAUUGCCCAGCUGAAGUACAAGGAGCCCAACUCGCCCAAGAUUGUUGUUCUUGAGCAGGAGCUCGUCCGUGCUGAGGCCGAGUCCCUCGUUGCCGAGGCCCAGCUGUCCAACAUUACCCGCGAGAAGUUGAAGGCCGCUUUCACCUACCAGUUUGAUGCUCUUCGUGAGCACUGCGAGAAGCUCGCUAUUAUUGCUGGCUACGGCAAGCACUUGUUGGAGCUCGUCGAUGACACUCCCGUCACUCCCGGCGAGACCCGUGCUGCGUACGAUGGCUAUGAGGCCAGCAAGGCCAUCAUCCAGGACUGCGAGGACGCACUGACGAACUGGGUUGAGCAAAACGCUGCCGUCCGCUCCAACCUGUCCACCCGCUCGCGCACCUUGUCGCAGCGCCGCCAUGCCGGCCGCAACGCUCGCGCCAACGGCGAGGGCGUCGACCUCUCUUCGCAGGACCAGCCGAUGGAGGGUCGCGAGUCCGGCCUUUGGAUCCCGGCCUCAGAGCACCAGGGCCACGUCUACGAUGACGAGGACGAGGAGGAAGAGGAGAGCACGAUUGAGUCUCGGGGCCGCGAGGAGGAGCGCAACGUUGCUGCUUAA